AUGGAUGCUGCCAAGAGAGGAGAUACACAACCAGUGAUGUGGACCACCAGAUGGCUGCUGCUGCUACCGCUACUGCUGUGUGAAGGAACACAAGCCCUGGAGUGUUACAGCUGCGUACAGAAGGCGGAUGACGGAUGCUCUCCGCACAGGAUGAAGACAGUCAAAUGCGGUCCUGGAGUGGACGUCUGUACCGAGGCCGUGGGGGCGGUGGAGACCAUCCACGGGCAAUUCUCUGUGGCGGUGCGGGGCUGCGGUUCCGGAAUCCCCGGCAAGAACGACCGCGGACUGGACCUGCACGGGCUCCUGGCCUUCUUUCAGCUACAGCAGUGCGGCGAGGACCGAUGCAACGCCAAACUCAACCUCACUUUACGAGGCCUCAACCCUGCAGGCAAUGAGAGUGCAUAUAAGCCUAACGGCGCAGAGUGCUACAGCUGUGUGGGGCUGAGCCGCGAGAAAUGCCAGGGCACCAUGCCGCCGGUCGUGGACUGCUACAACGCCAGUGGCCGUGUCUACAAGGGCUGCUUCGAUGGUAACGUCACUUUGACGGCAGCCAAUGUGACCGUGUCCUUACCUGUCCGAGGCUGCGUCCAGGACGAGACCUGCACCCGGGAUGGGGUGACGGGUCCAGGAUUCACACUCAGCGGCUCCUGCUGUCAGGGCUCCCGCUGUAACUCUGACCUUCGCAACAAGACCUAUUUCUCCCCUCGAAUCCCACCCCUAGUCCUGCUGCCCCCUCCAACCACCCCAGCCCCAUCCACUCGGGCCCAGAACUCCUCCGGCAUGACCUCUCCACCAGCCCCAACCGCGACCACCUCUACCAUCAAGCCCACCACCGCCCAAGCCAGCCACACUUCUCCUCCACAGGAAGCCGAACUCGAAGUCAUACAGGAGGAGGGGUCUCGGAUGACUGGAGGUGCUGUGGAGCACCAAGACCGUAGCAAUAUGGGGACCUAUCCGGGAAAAGGUGGGGCCCAAAUCCCAGCUAACGGAGGCUCUGGCGCUCUGGGGUCCUGGUUGUCAGCAGUUCUGUUGACUGUGGUUGCUGGCGCGUUGCUGUGAACGUCUCAUCUAGAAACGUCCAUCUCACCUUGUUUCCCUGGCCCCGUGGUACCACCUCUUUCCAUUUCCCACUUGACUGGACUGGCUCCGCCCCCAUCCUGCAGCUGUCCCAGUUCCAACCAGUUUGCAGCUUCCGGAAACAGUCUAUACUGUUGUAAAUACUCCGCUGGGGUGGCCCUGGUUUUUUAAUGCGGCCAUAGCAUUCCCCCUGAUGGUGACCAGGACAGAGGGAAGAGAAAUCUAUUGGCUGAGAGAGGCCCGGAGAGUCCACAGCAGGCUCCUCUUCCUGUUUUCCUGACCAGACUGAAAGAUGACCUCUGCGCGCUGUGCUAGCCCAGCGGCAGUCUGUGCGGAAAUCUGGUCGCCUGGAGACUCCGAACAACUCCAGGACAUGGUCUCGCCUCUGGCCCCUCUAUGAGUUCUGUCUGGCACAGGAAGGCGUCAAUAAAGAUUUAGUUACUUUGUAUAGUGA